AUGUUGCAUGAACGAGUGAUGUCGGCAAUGGAGAAUUUAAAAGGGUCGCAAUUGGCGGCGAGUUCAACCGGCGACACUCGGAUAUACCCGCUAAUACAAAUGGGCAUUUUGUCAAUCAAUCAGGAAUUUGAAUAUUUAACCAAUAUGUUAUCGGCGCAGGAUCAGCGGUUAUCAUUAACAAUGUCAUCGGGCUAUUUCAAUUUCACCGAUCAUUAUGCAGAGCUGAUAAAAAGUCAGAGCUGCUACGACAUGACUAUUGUUUACGCGUCUCCGCAGGCGAAUGGGUUUCACAAAGCGUCUGGUCUAUCCGGUUUCAUACCGCAAAUGUAUGUGUAUAUAUCUCAUCUUUUCUUCAAAACUUCUCGACCUGAAGUUCGGCUAUUUGAAUACAGCAGGCUUGGUUGGUCCUAUCAUGCGAAAGGCCUGUGGAUUAACUGCAGGCAGUCUUUGUUCUCAGCCACUCUCAUUGGGUCUUCCAAUUUCGGCCAUCGAUCAGUACAUCGUGAUUUGGAGGCGCAGUUUCUCAUCGUAACUAGUAACGAGCGACUCAGGAAGAGGUUAGAAGAGGAGCGGUCACAAAUGUUGGAAUAUGCUACGAAAGUGGAUGCGACGACUUUUAUGCGGCGCGACCAUUUCGUGCCGUUUUGGAUUCGUCUAAUAUCGCGAUUCAUUCGGAAUUAUUUUUAA